AUGUACGAAGUUAAUUUGUUGCGAACGGUACAUAUCAUUUACUAUCCUCCAAAAGAUCUAUUCUACUUGAUAACAUCUGUCUCUUCUUUUACAAGUGGUUUACGUGUUCUCGGACUUGGAAGGCUGGCUUAUAUACAACAACAUGCCAGACUUACAAGUUCAUCCUAUGUUACUUACCGUGAACAACGGCUAUUUCACCAUACAAUUCUGGGGGAAUCAAAGUUGAAGCCAUUAUCACAGAUCCAAUUCAUUCAAAGGUAUACAUUUUCAAGCAAUGGAAACAAAAAUCCUCCAAAUGAAAAUAGUGCAAAUGAGCCAACUUCUGGAGAUGGGUCGGCGUCUGAUGGAUCAGACGCUUCAGCACCUAAUUCACAAUUAGCUUUAUCUACUCAAAAUAUACCUGAAAAUUUCCCGAUUGUCCCUGUGAUAGCUAUUACCGGUGCACCUUUAUUCCCAAAAUUUGUUAAAAUGAUUGAGAUUACUGACGAACGUUUAGCAAAUUCAAUUCGUAGAAAAAUUAAACUGAAUGCUCCAUAUGCUGGAAUAUUUCUAAAGAAAUCAAGUACAGACCAAUCAGAUGUUGUCAAUAGCAUUGAUGAAUUACACCGGGUUGGCACUUUUGUGCAUAUACCAGAAUGGGAUGAUUUAGGCUCAAAAAUUCGACUAUUAGUUAUUGGACAUCGUCGUAUUGAACUCGUCCGUGCAGUUGAUGAAAAGGCUGUGGAGGAAACAAAUAACUUUCCUGUUGGUAAACGCAACAGUUUAGUUCGACGUGCUAAACGUGCAGCUGCUAAAUUUACUGAAUCUUUGAACUCUGUCUCCUCUUCGUCAUCAACAGCAACGGCAACACCAUCAUCAGGUGACCAACAACCUGAUUCUAAAAGCACUUCAGUGAAAGAUGACAAACCUGUUACUGGACAGAAAGAUUUUCUGUCAGAUAUACCAUUGACAGAUACUGAGGCGUCGUCGCCUGUUUCUCCUGUUCUCAUCGGCGAAACAAUUAAUUUAUACCAUGAACCAUAUGAAAAUACUCAGGAAAUUAAGGCUUUAAGCGCUGAAAUUGUAAAAACAAUACGUGAUAUUAUUAGCUUGAAUCCGGUGUAUAGAGAGAAUGUUCUUGCUAUGCUUCAAGCUGGACAACGUGUCGCUGAUAAUCCUGUCUACCUCAGUGAUUUAGGCGCUGCUUUAAGUGGUGCUGGUGACUCUGAAGAACUACAAGCCGUCUUAGAAGAAAUGGAUAUUACAAAUCGUCUUCGGUUAUCAUUAAGCCUAGUGAAAAAAGAAUAUGAAUUAGGCAGACUGCAACAACAGAUUGGCCGAGAAGUCGAGGAGAAGGUGAAACAACAACAUCGACGGUAUAUGCUAUCAGAACAAUUGAAAGUAAUUAAAAAAGAGUUAGGCUUAGAAAAAGAUGAUAAAGAUGCGAUUGUAGAGAAGUUUCGUAUGCGUUUAAAGGAUUUAACUGUUCCAGCUAGUGUUAUGGAAGUAGUUGAAGAAGAAUUGAACAAGCUAAGUGUAUUGGAUCAUCAUUCUUCAGAGUUCAACGUUACACGAAAUUAUUUGGAUUGGUUAACUGCCUUACCAUGGGGAAUAACAAGUGAAGAACACUUGGACAUUGGUGCUGCUAGGAAAAUAUUAGACGAAGAUCACUAUGGAUUGGAUGAUGUGAAAAAGCGUAUUCUAGAGUUUAUUGCUGUCAGUCAACUGAAAGGCUCAACACAAGGCAAAAUAUUAUGCUUCUACGGUCCACCUGGUGUCGGGAAAACAAGUAUAGCCAAUUCUAUUGCUCGUGCAUUGAAUAGAAAGUAUUUCCGUUUUUCUGUCGGUGGAAUGUCUGAUGUCUCAGAAAUUAAAGGUCAUCGACGUACUUAUGUUGGUGCAAUGCCUGGAAAGAUAAUUCAAUGUCUUAAAAAAACUAAGACAGAGAAUCCUCUUAUUCUGAUCGAUGAAAUUGAUAAAUUAGGUCGUGGAUGGCAAGGUGAUCCAGCUAGCGCCUUGCUGGAAUUACUCGAUCCAGAACAGAAUAGCAAUUUCUUAGAUCAUUAUCUCGACGUGACAGUUGAUCUAAGCCGUGUCCUGUUUAUUACUACAGCGAAUCAGCUGGAUACAAUACCUGAACCAUUAAGAGAUAGAAUGGAAGUUAUUGAAGUGUCAGGUUAUGUUGAAGAGGAAAAAAUGGCUAUCGCCAAGCGUUACCUUCUUCCACUUGCUGCUCAAAAUUCUGGUCUGGAUGACAAUCGUCUUGUUGUAGAAGACAGUGCUAUUAAACGUCUUAUUAAACAGUACUGUCGAGAGAGUGGAGUUAGAAAUUUACAAAAACAUAUUGAAAAGGUUGUUCGAAAAGUUGCCUAUCAGUUGGUGAAUGCAGAAAAAGAUCCACCAAUCACUGUUACUGCUGACAAUUUGACAACAUAUGUUGGACAGCCUAUAUGGACAUCUGAUCGUUUGUAUGAUGCUAUUACACCACCUGGUGUUGUUAUGGGUUUAGCAUGGACAUCAAUGGGUGGUUCUGUGCUGUAUAUUGAAUGUACUAAUCGAAGACCCAGACACGUGAAUGAGACUUCAGCCAGCUCCACUCGUGAUGAUGACUCCGAUUCAGAUGAUGAUGCUUCAACUAAAAAAGGCUCUUUACAGCUGACUGGAAGUCUGGGUAAUGUUAUGAAGGAAUCAGUGUCUAUAGCGCAUACAUUUGCUGCACAAUUCGCUGGUUCUGGUGCUCCAUGUCGUCUACCAUCUACUACUGGUGAUGAGGAUGAAAAAUGUAUGCUUACACCUUCAGAAUCAUCUAAAGCUGGUCUUUUCCUACAACAGGCUGAUAUUCACUUACAUGUACCUCAUGGUGCAACACCUAAGGAUGGUCCAUCUGCGGGUAUCACUAUGGUAACUGCUUUAUUAAGUCUAGCGUGUAAUAAACCUGUCCGUCCUGAUUUGGCUAUGACUGGUGAAUUGAGUUUAACAGGCAAAGUUCUGCCUGUCGGAGGUAUAAAAGAGAAAAUUAUCGCUGCUAAACGUGGUGGAAUCAAAACAAUCAUCUUACCAGAAGCUAAUCGUAAAGAUUUCGACGAUUUAGCAUCGUUUAUUAAAGAAGAUCUUGAGGUACACUUUGUUCAACAUUACAAAGAAGUUUAUCCUGUUGCAUUUUCUCAAUCCUAAUAAAGUAAAUCAAUAAAUCAAUUAAUUAAUCAAUCAAUCAAUAAAAAUUGGAGCGCAUUUUGUACCAUAUACACACAUAAAACUGUUUGUUUAAAUAUGAAAACUAUGUAUUUAACCAGCAAGCAGGCGGUGCAAUAACAAAUAAAACAAACUAUAAGAAUGCUCAUUUUUUGCAUUGUUUGUAAAUUAGUCCUGUCUCUCUCACUGUCUCCAUUUUUGAUUCCUUUCUUCUAUUCUGUAAUAAAAAGAAG